AUGUGCGCAAAGGGGUGUGGAUUGUCGACUCGGACAGCCACCCAGCACGUCACGGCCGAUCGGAGCCAAUUCACGAGCUACAAAGAGCUCGUGCGUGACGAGAAAAUCGUGGGGAUCUGUGGAAAAGGCCAAAAUGGGCCGAUUGUAGAAACGAUGCGCGAAGUCGUGGAGGAGGCCACGAAGAUGGGAAAAUGCAAGAAGAGCCCACAGACGGCGGUAGAAGAGCAAGCCCGCCGGUUUGGAACGAACAACGGAGAAGCCUAA